CACCCACUGUAUUCCAACCGUCCUACCGAUUUCGUCUCGCGUAUUUUGAUUUCUUUGUACAUCAGCAAUUUUAACUGAAUUUCCAUCAAUAUGAUGAUAUCACGCUCUAAACCCGCCGCAGCGGCGAGCACAGCUACACUAGUGAAAGAGAAGAAAAAGAAGAAACUGCCAAAACUGCAUGAUUUCGUGUCAACAAGAGAUUACACGGGAGCCAUCACAUUAUUGGAGUUUCAACGUAGUGCUGGCAAGAGCAAUGAAGAAACUGAUUUGUGGAUUGCUUACUGUGCGUUUCAUCUGGGAAACUACCAGAAAACCGCUGACGAGUAUGGCGCUUUGAUGAAGGGAGGAUCCACCCAUCCAGAUGUAUGCAUAGGACUUGCAUGUGCUCAGUUCUUCUUAGGAAUGUACAAGGAAGCUAAUGAGUCAACUACAAAUGCUCAAGCAAGUCGACUGAAAAAUCGUUUGCAAUUUCAUUGUUCUCACAAGUUUAGUGAUGAGAAGAUGUUGAUGAGUUAUCAUCAGCAGUUACAAGACCUAGUAGAAGACCAGUUGAGUCUUGCAGCAAUUCAUUAUCUUAGAAGUCAUUAUCAAGAGGCCAUUGAUAUCUAUAAGAGAAUACUAUUAGACAACAGGGACUUUUUGGCAUUGAAUGUUUACGUCGCACUCUGCUAUUACAAGUUGGAUUACUACGACGUGUCUCAGGAGGUAUUGGCUAUCUAUCUGGCUCACUUUCCUGACAGUGCUACGGCUGUCAACUUGAGAGCUUGCAAUCAUUUCAAGUUGUACAACGGCAAAGCUGCUGAGGCGGAGUUACGGAGCCUUCAGGACAUGGCGUCUCCGUCGUUUGAGUAUGCUGCCGAUCUGAUCAAACACAACAUGGUUGUGUUUAGGGGCGGUGAGGGUGCAUUGCAAGUGCUGCCACCAUUGGUCGAUGUGCUGCCAGAAGCAAGACUGAACUUGGUCAUCUACCAUUUGAGAAAUGAUGACGUAAUGGAGGCGUACAGCUUGAUCAAGGAUCUUGAGCCAUCAACACCACAAGAGUACAUUCUAAAGGGAGUUGUGAAUGCUGCAGUUGGUCAAGAACAGAACUCUCCUCCUCUGUUAAAGAGAGACCAUCUCAAGAUUGCUCAGCAGUACUUUCAACUGGUUGGUGGAUCAGCCAGCGAAUGUGACACGAUUCCUGGUCGACAAUGUAUGGCUUCUUGUUUCUUCCUUCUGAGGCAGUUCCAAGAUGUUCUUAUUUACCUUCAGUCCAUCAAGAAUUAUUUCUACAGCGAUGAUACGUACAACUUCAACUAUGCACAGGUGAAAGCUGCAGUUGGAAAUUAUAAAGAAGCAGAAGAACUUUUUCUCUUAAUUCAGAGCGAGAAACUAAAGAAUGAUUAUGUGUAUUUGAGCUGGCUUACUAAAUGCUAUGUGAUGAACGGGAAGCCACGUUAUGCUUGGGAACUUUAUCUGAAGAUGGAGACGUCGGCUGAAUCAUACAGCAUUUUACAGUUGAUAGCUAAUGAUUGCUACAAGAUGGGUCAAUUUUUCUAUUCUGCCAAAGCGUUUGAUAUUCUGGAACGGCUAGAUGGUAAUCCUGAAUUCUGGGAAGGGAAGAAAGGCGCUUGUGUUGGACUUUUUCAGCUUAUCGUUGCCGGCCAUGAGCCAAGAGAGAUGCUGCGAGAGGUUCUAGUCCUCUUACGGAGCAUGAGCAGCCAACCGAAUCCACAAGUCGAAUACAUCACAAAAGUCAUAAAGACAUGGGCUAAGGAAAACAGAGUGGGUGUGUAGCAUACACAUGUAGACUACAAUAGACAGUGCGCUGUGUAUCUCAUAUGUAAAUAAAAUAUAGAUUUGCUCGCCUCUCUCUUGUCAUAUCGAUA